AUGAGCACUAGCUUUGGAGAAUGGCAAUUGGACGACCCUACUGAUGACCCCCAGGACGACAGCUUCAAGCUCCCCAGUGACCACAACCCAUCCAGCCCGUCAGACUCAGACUCGGCCUCCACAUCCAGCUAUGGCUACCGAUCUCCGUCAAUCCGAAAAACUAUGAGGGAGACCUACUGCGACAUUCGGCACGAGUUUGAUGUGUGGCACGUGAACAAGAGUGUGAAGAAGAAGCUUGUCAAUGCGGCAAAUAAGAAGGAAAACCAAGAUUUACAGACCUGGCUGAAGUCCAUAAGCAAUCAUUUAUACUGGUCUUGUAGCUCAAGUCACGGAGAUGGUGAGGAAUGUGUACGCCGCUGGAAAUCACUGCUCCAUCACAUUGUUGGCAUACACCGGUGGGAGGAAGAUGGGGAACAACACACCUGUCAUCAUGCCCCUUUGACAGACGAUGAACAGCGCAGGAAAAGGUGGAUGAAGGUGGAUUCCCCAGCAUACAAGUCAUUGAAAAGUAUUGUCCUGGACAAAAAUCUACUACGUGACUUGAAGCAGAUGGCCUUAUUCAAGCACACCGGGCCCCUGGAGGUCUUUCACUCAUCUAUGCUGAAGUAUACCCAGAAGAGGCUGCACUUCUCCUAUGACGCAAUGCUGGCCAGAACCCAACUCGCAGUCAUGGAUCACAAUGCCAACAUUGGCAAGGAACAGGCCAAAACAAAAGAAGGACAACCACGAUUUGCUUGUGCCUACUCAAAGGCCAGCCGUCAGUGGACUGCCAGGCCUGUGUAUGAGAGAGGCGAACAGCCAUUCCGGAAAAACAUGAUGGAAGACACCUUGAGAAUGAGGGAUGAAAGCAGCAUCGAAGAUUGGCCCCCGUCCAGCCCCUCGCAGGAAGAAACUUCUGAAGAACAUUGCUCCUGUCCCCCGGCCUGA